AUGUCUUCCUCUUGCUUUUCUUCUGUUCCUUUUUUCUUCUUUCUUUUUUUCUUUUUCCCUUUUCCUUCUUCCAUAUAUUCUUCCUUUCACUUCUACUAUGACUACUACUACUUCUUCAAUGUCUUCCUAUUUUCCUUUUUAUUACAUAUUUUCUUCUUAUUUUUCUUCGAUAUAACCGCUAAUUUCCUCUUCUUCCUCCUCUUCUUCUUCUUCUUCUACUCCUAUUCAUACUUCUUCUUCUUCAUCCUCCUUUAUUUACCAAUUCUUCUUCUUCCUCUUCUUCUUUUCUUCUAUCCUAUUCAGUUUUCUUCUUCUUCUUCUUCUUCCUUUUCUUUUUUCUUCUUCUUCAACUUUUUUCUUCUUUUCUUCUUAAUUAUUCUUCAAAUUCUUCUUUUCUUCUUCUUAUUUUACUUCUUUUCUUCUUUAACUUCUUCCACUUUUUUUUUUCUUUCUUCUCCUAAUAAAAUCUUCUAUCCACCAUUUCUUCUUUUCUUCUUUCUUCUUUUCUUUUUUCUUCUUCUUUUUCUUCUUCCUUUUCUUCUUCUUCUUCCACUUCUUCUUUUUCUUAUUUUUCUUCUUCUUUUCUUUUCUUCUUCUUCUUUUUUUUUCUUUUCUUCUUCUUCUUUUUCAUUUUCUUCUUUCAUUUCUUUUUCAAAGACUUCUUCUUUCUUUUUUUAUUCUUCUUUUUAG